AAAAGAAGAACAAGAAGAAGCAUCAUUUUAUAAAAGUAAAAAAUGAAAAUUGUUUUAAGACGCGUAAUUUUUCCAAUUGUAUAGAAAAAUAUUGAAAUUCUCCUCAUUGUGGUGAUUAUUUUGUAGCAUACCGGUUUUCCCGGCAUUGGAUAAGUGUAAAUAAAAUAGUUAAAAUGCCGUCUGUGGAAAAUGGCGAAAACGAACCAGCAGAAUGCGGCGUAGAAAAACCAAUAGAAAGUGAUCAGCCGGCGUCUCCUUCGCCGGAAAAACAACGCAAAUCCAGAAGUCGCAGCAGAUCUGCGACGCCUGAAGCGGUUGAUGCCAAUACAGCAAAAGAUGUGAGAUCUAGUAAAUCACGUUCUCGUAGUCCAAAUGAAGCAAAUAUUACAAAAGAUACGGACAGAUCGAGUAAAUCACGCUCAAGGUCUCGAUCUCGCAGUUCAAAUGCUGGACCAGCAUCUCCGAAUACAACAGGUGAAGUGGAGGAAAAGGAAGUAGUUAGAAGUUCAAAGUCCCGCAGUCGUAGUGGUAGCCCUCAGAAAAAUGGUGAGGAAAGUCGUAAAAGCCGCAGUCGUAGUCGUCAACGCAGUCGUAGCGGUUCCAAAUCUAAAAGUCGCAGCAGAUCUCGAUCUGUGAGUGGUUCGCCCGGUAGACGUUCACGUAGUGGUUCCCGCAGGAGCCGUUCAGGUUCUCGGCGUUCCAGGAGUGGCUCGAAAAGAAGUCGAUCUGGCAGUGGAUCGCGUAGUCGUUCACGUUCCGGUUCGAGAAGGUCGAGAUCGGGUUCCAGAAGAUCCAGAUCGGGUUCAAGAAGAUCCAGAUCAGGUUCAAGAAGAUCUAGAUCGGGUUCCCGAAGAUCCCGCUCUGGCUCUCAAAGAUCGCGAUCAGGUUCCCGUAGAUCUAGAUCAGGUUCAAGACGAUCACGUUCGGGUUCCAGACGUUCUCGUUCAGGUACUGGAUCACGUUCUCGUAGUCGUUCUAAAUCUGGCUCUCGUUCACGAUCUCGCAGUGGAUCUAGACGUUCGCGUAGCGGUUCCAGACGCUCACGGAGUCGUUCAGGAUCCAGACGUGGUCGCAGCGGUUCCAGACGCUCUCGCAGUGGCUCCCGUCGUUCCAGAUCAGUUGGUAGACGUUCUCGCUCAGGCUCAGCUGCAUCUCGUUCUAGAUCUCGAUCCCGUAGUGGCUCAAGAUCAUCCAGAUCACGCUCUCGUUCUCGUAGUAAAUCCGGAAGUAGAUCUCGUUCUCGCCCAAGAUCAAAAUCACGUUCUAGAUCGAAAUCAAGAUCGCGUAGUGGAUCUAUAUCUCCAACAUCUAAAGCUAAGAAAGCACAUAAACGCAAUGUUCUAAGUGAUUCAGAGGGAGAAGAUGAUCCCUCUGUGGUUCAAAAGAAACGACCAAAAAUUACGGAUACCGAUAAUGAAGACGACGAUGAUGAUAAAGUGGUAGAAGAGGGUGAGGGAGGAGCUCAGGCCGAAAGUAAGAAAGUGGUGGACAGUUCGGAUGAUGAUGAGAAUUUGCCAAUAGACAAUGAUAGAGGAAAUGAUAAUUUCAUUUCCGAUUUUGAUGCCAUGUUGUUGCGUAAAAAGGAUGAGAAACGUUUCAAGCGUCGUAAGCGUGAUAUUGAUUUAAUCAAUGACAAUGAUGAUCUCAUCGAUCAAUUGAUAAUGAAUAUGAAAGGAGCUUCCGAUGAAGAUCGUCAAUUGAAUGUGGUAGGUAAACCGGCCACAAAGAAGAUUGCCAUUUUGAAGCAGUGCAUGUCGCAGUUGAUUAAAAAAGAUUUACAGUUGGCCUUUUUGGAGCACAAUAUACUCAAUGUACUGACUGAUUGGUUGGCACCAUUACCCAACAAAAGUUUGCCCUGCUUACAAAUCAGAGAUAGUAUUCUAAAAUUAUUAGAAGAUUUUCCUCCCAUUGACAAAAGUUACCUUAAACAGUCUGGUAUUGGAAAAGCUGUCAUGUACUUGUAUAAACAUCCUAAAGAGACAAAACAAAAUCGUGAUAGAGCUGGCCGUAUAAUAUCGGAAUGGGCACGUCCUAUUUUCAAUUUAAGUUGUGAUUUCAAGGCCAUGUCGAAGGAGGAACGACAGGAAAGAGACAUGCGUCAGAUACAAAAUACCCGUAAGAAAACACCUGAACCCGAACCAACAACAUCCAAGAAACGUAAAGGCCUUCAUUCUGCCCUUACCACCGCCGAAGAUAAAACUUUAGGUCCCGGUGAUAAGGGUUGGGUGGCCCGUGCCCGCGUACCAUUGCCCUCGAAUAAAGAUUAUUUAGUGCGACCGAAAUCGACAGUAGAGGGUACGGUCUCAGGAACACAGAAACGUAAACCAAAUCGUUUUGAAAAGCAUAUGAAAAAGUUCAUGGAUCAAAAAAGACUUAAGGGCGGUGCACGCAGAGCUGUGGAGAUUUCUAUAGAGGGCCGUAAAAUGGCUUUAUAAAUACAUAGUUUGGGAAAUAUUAAAAUAGAAAUUAUCAUUAAUAUCCAUAUUUAGAAUUGUAUAAGUUUAUAUUUUUCCUACUUAAUUUCAAUGAUUUCUUUUAUUUUGAAUAUUCUUUAAAGUAAUUUUUGAAAUUUGCUUAAAAAAAUGUAACACAUUUUCCCUUUAUUUAUAACAUUAGUAAAUACAUGCAGCCGUAUUUAAAAUCAUGACAUUUGAUGACUUCGGAAAUGAACCACUCUUGUACUCUUGACAGUAUACUUCGUAUUCAAGAAGAGUUGUGUUCAACUUUGUAAGAUUAUCUGCUAGUCUGUGCUUAUACUGUCUAUAAGAAGUAUGUGAAUGUAAAUUUUCAAUACGGCUGUUACAUAUAAAUAUAAUUGAGAAAA